AUGGUGAUGAUCAAUUACUCCGCCAUCUUGGUUCCUAUGCUUUCUGCUCUUAUGAUUUGCUCUGUUUCCGCCAACUUUAACCGAGACGUGGAGAUAACUUGGGGAGACGGACGUGGACAGAUCACCAACAACGGCGAUCUUCUCACACUCUCUCUAGAUAAAUCUUCCGGUUCGGGAUUUCAAUCCAAGAACGAAUACUUGUUCGGUAAAAUCGACAUGCAGAUCAAACUCGUCGCCGGAAACUCCGCUGGAACAGUCACCGCUUACUAUUUGAAAUCGGCUGGAUCUACAUGGGACGAGAUUGAUUUUGAGUUCUUGGGAAACCAAAGUGGCGAUCCUUACACACUUCAUACUAAUGUCUUCACGCAAGGCAAAGGCGAUAGAGAACAACAGUUUAAACUCUGGUUCGAUCCCACAAGUGACUUCCACACUUACUCUAUCCUCUGGAACCCACAACGCAUCAUAUUCUCCGUGGAUGGAUCUCCGAUAAGAGAAUUCAAGAACAUGGAAUCUCAAGGGACUCUGUUCCCCAAGAACCAGCCGAUGAGAAUGUACUCGACUCUAUGGAAUGCCGAAGACUGGGCCACGCAGGGUGGUCGGGUCAAAACCGACUGGUCUAAAGCUCCCUUUACCGCUUCGUACCGUGGCUUCAAUCAAGAAGUUUGCAUUGUGUCAAACGGAAAGUCAUCGUGCGGGUCAGGACAAGCGAGUAGUGGUUCGUGGCUUUCACAGCAACUAGACUCAACGGGUCAAGAACGGAUGCGGUGGGUGCAGAGUAACUACAUGAUCUACAAUUACUGCACGGACGCUAAGAGGUUCCCUCAAGGACUUCCACGAGAGUGCCUAGCUGCUGCGUAA